AUGGUUACCCAGAACGCCAUUGCUUACCUGAUUCUGACGCUUGUCUGGAGCCUGCAAGAUCAACAGGAUGACGUAUAUGUGUCUGUAGGUGAUAGAAUCUGUCACACCCCGCAAAACUCUUCCUACAGAUGGGGACCACAGUACACCCUGGAGUGUGAUGUACCCGUGACGGGGGGACCAUCUCCUGAUACAUCGACAACCUACAGAAGAUGCGAGAAUGCUAAAUCUGGGUUUCUGCGAGGUGGAAGUAUACGGAGGCAGAAAGGACAAAGGCCCCAAGCCAGGGACGCUGAAGAAGCAGUCAUGCCAUCUUAUGAACUGUGUGUAGCGGAACCCUUCGAUCAUACUCAGUACCAGAGCAUACAAAGCCACGGAACACCAAGGGGAUGCAAGUGUGGAAUCAUGAUUACCCAGAACGCCAUUGUUUACUUGAUUUUGAUGGCUGUAUGGAUCUCGCAAGUGCCCGGCCAAGACCCCAGCUGCACCCAGAACUGUACCGCAGGUAACGUUGAUAUCGAUGUUUUGAUUAUGGCUGUUACAGAUAAUAUAGCAGCGAGUAACUUUACAUCUGGGGACAACAAGUCUUACACCAUCACUGGACAGGCAUCCUGGGUUACUGAUGGUGUGACGUCAGGACCGUGUGCAUCAGUCUCGUCCUUAUACCCAGCAUGGGAGGCGGAGUUUACACAGAGCAGGACAGUUACCAGGAUCAAGAUAUUCUGGGAAGAUCAACAGGAUGACGUAAAUGUGUCUGUAGAUGGAAGAAUAUGUCACAUCGCGAACUCUUCCUACAUGUGGGAAGCAGAGUACACCCUGGAGUGUGAUGUACCCCUGACGGGGAUCCAUCUCCGGAUAUAUCGCCAACCUACAGCUAGCAUGCUGAAUCUGAGUUUCUGCGAGGUGGAAAUAUACGCUGACCCGAUAGUAACGUCCUCUACCAUGUCUACUAUGUCCAAUACAGGAGAGUCAACAACCACCACCACGUCCAUAACAACGACCAAGCCCACGACAUCAUCCCAAACAAGCACCGCUGCACCAGUUCCAACAGAGACCUCAACAACGUCGCAAACAAAACCAACGACACAACCUGCUGUUGCGGAUACAGGGACGAUGAUUGCUGCAGUAGUGGGAGUGGUCGUGCUGCUGCUGAUUAUCGUCGUAGUGGCAGUUGUCUGCAGAAAUGGAAUUAAAAAAUGGUAUAACCCAAAGGAUGCAGAAGCCAGAGCUGCCGUGAGGAAUCAAGCAAUUAAGAUGGAUGAAGUCGAACAGCCGAACUCAACAGUGUUUGAUCUUAAUGAGUUCAAAAGUGUGGCACUACCUACUUACCCGGAGGAAAAAUCUGCGUCUCUUAACGGAUCCCUCCAGAGCCACAUCCCUAGUGCUGUUAGUGUGGCGAAUCUCCCCAGCUACAUCAGAGAGAAGCUGGAUGCUAACAACGCCACGGAGUACGCGGCAAGUACCUUCCCAGUUUCAUCUUAUGGAUACACAAGGCAAUUUAGAUAUUGAUCAAACGUAACAGGUGUUAAAUAUAGGAUUACACUUUC